AAGAUGUAAGUAGCAAGCCGCAGGAGGAGGAAAGGAUAGGGCUAGCUGCCCUAGGGAAAGUCAGGAAAAAUUUAAUCGAACUAGGACAGGAUUUAGCAAAUUUAUUGAGAAAGUGAAUAGAGGUAGAAAAAGGGAGAAAGUCGAGAAAAGUGUAUAGAGACAGUCAAAAAAAAGGUGUAGAUAGUCAAGGGAAACAGCAGGUCGAGAGUUAAAUAACAGGCUAUUUUUUUCUCAAUCAUUUCUAUAGCGUUGGUGGUUCAGCAGUAAAACUUUUGCCUACAACUCGGAAGACUAUGGUUCGUAUCUCAGCCUUGGCACCUAUAGACUAAAAUGUAUUUCGAUUAUAAUUCAAAUGCUGAUAUGUUUUGCCGGGAGAGAUACGGUUAGUUAGUGUUUGUUUAGGAUAUAAACUGAACGUAAUUCAAAUGCUGAUAUGUUUUGACGGGAGAGAUACGGUUAGUUAGUGUUUGUUUAGGAUAGAAACUGAACGUUUUAAUAGAUGGUUUAGGUUAAAUUGAAAGACCAAUCCAUUCUAAAUAAUAGCGGGGCGAUGUCGUUGGAAUACGCUGUCUUGCCUAAAUAGCCCUCUGGAAUAACGUAUUGGGAAUGGAGUCGUAUUCAAAAUGCUGAAUCAUAGAAGAGACAGUUACCUAAAUCUAAUGAAUUCUAAAUAAUAACGAAGAGAUAAUUACGAUAGAGUUGUGCCCAUUGAAAUGUUAUUAUUCUUAUGGAUUGACUGACAUACGUUAUAAAUUUAGCGAAGUGCAUGGUACGUUUACAUUUUGGAGUAAAAAGGGGAAUGAAAGCUUAGUUGGUUUCAGGAACUAAGGUGUUAAACACGGAAACAUUGCCCAGAAAUUAUUCUGCACAAUCAGGUCGAAAGAGUAGCAUUGACUAGUGCCUGUGAAAUAAGAAAGGAGAGAAAGGUUACUGUUUAAAUAGACAAGCACAUAUACAUCUAAGAACAUACAAAGCAGCACAGAUAACUCUUAAAGUAGAUAAGACACUUGACAGAGAAUUGAUACAGGAUAGACAUGAACGGACGCCCAAGGAGGAAUUGGACAUGUGGAGAACGAAAGGGGCGCUCCUACAUGAUAAUGUCAGACAUAAGGAUAAUUUACUAAUCUUACCUAAGUCAUUGUUUAGAGAUGCGGCAAGGUUGUUACCUGGGCAGAGCCAGGUAUCAAAAGGGGGAUGGGUAGUUGUUGGGUAGUAGUGGCCUAGGAUAGGACAGGGCCUAGGGGGGCCUAGGAUAGGACACUUUGUGGCCUAUUGGAUAAUAAACUAAUUCAAAAAAAUAAAAAAUCUAGCUAACAAGUAGGCAUAGAAGUUGAAGAUAUAAUCAGAUAGAACAAAUGAGAAACUGUUUGUUAACCAAACCUGUAUGUCCAAGAUUUUAUGCACUACAGGUGAACUACAGGGGAAGGUGAUUUACUCAAUCCAGUCCCCGAGGAGAAUAGAUGGGAAGCAGCCCCGUUGGGAGGGGCCAUACCAAGUACUCCUGGUGACACCCUUCGCAGUGAGGAUAGCUGAAGGAGAUACCUGGGUGCAUAUCACACAUUGCAGGAGGAGUCAGAGAUCUUAUGCGAUCUGGAGUUGUCAAACAGUCUGACAAGCCCAUUUGGUAUGAUGUACACAAGACCUUUCCACCCAUGAAGGACCCACUUUAUGUCAGACCAGUGGCCAAGACAUAUGGGAAGAAAGAAGAGGCUGUGCCAGACAUCUUCUACAGAGAGGAUGAAAUCAGAGCGAAAUUGUAUGAGGUGUAUGGAACAGGGCCCGGAGCUUUUGAUCUCUCCAAAUCCAGCUUUGUUUCAACAUGCCAAAGGUUUGUGGAGAAGUACACAGAGUUCGAGAGCCAGGGAGAUCUGGAGAAACAGUCCCUGUUUGAGGAGACUGGGAAGGCUCUGCUUGCUGAGGGCUUGGGGUUGAGGAGGAGGGGUAUUCCUGCAGUGGCGUCAGAGACCAGGAAUCCAGUGUUGGGCAUGAAGCUGACAGACAUGCUGGCAGAACAGCAGGCAGAUGCACCUGGCGGAACACAGGCACCAGGAAAAGAGAAGCCAACACAAGCACCAUUGAAUCCACAGUAGGCCUCUGCAGCAUGGCUUCAACCACACUCUUCACCUAGAUGGAACCAAUCAUCCACCUCCACUGACUAAAAAGGGGACUUUCAGUAUCUGUCCAACACUAGACAUACUCCUCAGUCCAGACUUUCUGAACAAUGUGGAUUAACAAGAAAGACUACUUGUUAUGGGUGUGCCUGGGCAGCUUUCACGACCGUCCGUCUUGACUGCAGGGUUUUGUGUGUUGGUGUGUAGGAGUCCAAGUUAUUGUACAUUUUUGGGCUGGAAACUUGUAAGAUUGAUGUUCUGCAUAAGGCUGUAAAUGUAUAUUGUGUGUACAUACAUGCACUGUACGUCCAACUGGUUACGUUGCAGUCUGUUUUCAGACUUACGACAGGCCACCCCUGUUGAUAUGAUAUGAUGAUCAAUUAGCAUUGUGAGUGAUAGGUAAAGUAACUCUAUAUUCUAGAAUGAGGCCUCUUUUCCUUUUUUCCUCUGCCGCUCAUCCUCUGUUAUGUUUCCAUCACGCUGCAGAACAUUCAUGCAAGACAAGCAGGCUGUGAGUGAAAGUUGAUAUUGCAUUCUCCAUUUGCUGCUGUGACAGUGUAAUUCGGUAGUGCCUGCCUGCCUGAGCAUCUGGAAUGAAAUGGAGAUAUUAAUGCCGUAUUGCUUCACAGAGAAGUACCACUGAUCACAUAACCACAUCAGCUGACUGGAGAUGAGAAUGUGAGUAAAGAAGCAUCACAGGUGCCAUAUUAAAAGAAAUGCAAGGUAACAUCUGUGGAAGGUAUUCCACCAGAUAGGAAAGGUUUGACAUCAACACCUAUACACUGAAUGAUUAAGAAUGAAACUAUACAAAACUAUAUUUUAUGUUAGUGUCUACUGCCACAAUUCAAAUAAGCCCCGCGUCAACAUUGCAUCCAGUUCUGAACAUAAUCUUGGCAUAUAUGUAUUUUUCAAUACGUAUCUCAAACUACCAGAAUAACAUUAAACAGUAACCAGUCAUUAUAACUUCUGCAGGUUACCCUUUCUCUUCUCUCUAAUCAGGAUAAUCAUCAUUCUUCCUGUUCUCACCACUUGUAGAGGCAUUGAUCCACUAUAUGACCUAGCAGCCCUGCAGUUCAACUGCCAUUUGAAAAUAAAUCUAAAGAGGGCUUAUAUCUAGAGCCUUGGCUUUGAUGUGGAACAGCACUGGUCGGGGUUAUUUGCUCUGGAAAAAGCUAGCAUCCAUGAGCAUAUUCACAGUACCACAGUUCCCCCUUCUCUUUCCUCCAUCGUCUUUUCAAAAAGAUGACCUUGGCGGUGUUUCUCAUUAUCAGCUGUCUUUCUGUUUAUCGAAAGGGAAAACUGUCCGUCUCACAGUCUAUUCUGCGCUCGCACAGAGAGGAGAAAUGAUAUCAACACCAUAAUGGAAUGGGUGAUUGUCUGCACACAGUCAAAGCGAAAGCAAUUCUUUGGUGUAUGGAUGGCAAGACUGUCUGAGGGCCUAAUGAACAGGAGGGAGGGAUAGAAUUGGGGAGAGAUGUAGAGGAGGGAAAGAAUCGGGGAGGAGGGAGAGAGUCAAGUUUGGAAUGAGACAAACAAUCUUUGUCUGCCGUGUCCACAGGCUGAGGGGAGAAACAGACACAUAGUGGGGUGUGUUGGCAAAACCUGUGGCUUGACGCAAUCCUUAAAGGUGUUGAUUUUGCACUGUUUUCCUUUAUCUUAACUGUUAAAUAAUAUAUACUGAACAAAUAUGUAAACUAUUUCAAAUAUUUUACUGUUACAGUUCAUAGAAAGAAAGAAAGAAAUCAAUUGAAAUAAAUUCAUUAGGCCCUAAUUUAUGGAUUUCACAUGAAUGGGCAAUGGCCACUUUGGAACCAGGCCCAGCCAAUCAGAAUGGGUUUUUCCCCACAAAGGGCUUUUUUACACACAGAAAUACUCCUCAGCACCCCCACCCCCUCCUCAGAUGAUCCCGUAGGUGAAGAAACCGGAUGUGGAGGUCCUCGGCAGGCGAUGUUGCACGUGGUCUGUGUUUGUGAGGCAGGUUGGAUGUACUGCUGAAUUCUCUAAAAUGAUGUUGGAGGCUUACAUUUUCUGGCAACAGCUCUGUUGGACAUUCCUGCAGUCAGCAUGCCGAUUGCAUGCUCCCUCAACUUGAGACAUAUGUGGCAUUGUGUUGUGACAAAACUGCACAUUUUAGUGGCCUUAUAUUGUCCCCCAGUACAAGGUGCACCUGUAAUGAUCAUGCUGUUUAAUCAGCUUCUUGAUAUGCCACACCUGUCAGGUGGAUGAAUUAUCUUAGGCGAAGGAGAAUUGCUCAUUAACAGGGAUGUAAAAAAAAAAAUUGUGCUCAAAAUUUGAGAGAAAUAAGCUUUGUGUGUUUGAAAGUUUUCUGCAAUCUUUUAUUUCAGCUCAUGAAACAUGGGAGCGACACAUGUUGCGUUUAUAUUUUUGUUAAGUAUAGUUUCUGUAGAGGGGUGGGUGAGCAUGUAGCCUGCUGAAUAUUCUGACAUGCUUUUUUUAUGUGUUGCAUGCUUGCGUUUGUAAGUUCCAGGUGGAGAAAUGUGAAGAGCAAUCUUCGUUUUAAGAUGGAAUUAAUACAAUGAACUUUACGAUGGAGGCCUUUAAAAACUGGAGAAACACUGUCUGCGUAAAUGACUUCUUGGCAGCACCCCCAAGAUUUCUCUAUUUCUUUCAAAGUGUAUUUUCAGGCAGGUAAUUAACUUUUCUCCUGCCAGACUCCUGGCAAGGAUCUCUGGAUACAAAUGAUUCCAAUUGAGCAUGGGCUGGAAUUUAAUUGAUCAAAAUGCCAUUCUCUCUGUCACUGGAGUGUGAGCGUGGAUAACAUUUUACUGCUUCUGGCAUAGAUUUCUAAAGAAGCACCAUUUUUGGGCUGUGGAGGAGAGACUAGAUGCCAACAACAGCAUUUAAGGGUGAAUUCUGUAUGUGAAAAAUGUUUGGGCUGAGUGUGCUGUGCUAGGGCAGUGUUCUGUGUAUUUGUAUAUUCUGUGUAUAUGUACACCUGGCUGGUUGUCAAUAUGGUCAGUGAUAGAAAAUAAAACAGAAUUAAUUAAA